AUGGGAAAUACAUCCAAUGCCUUGGUGUUCAUCUCCACCUUAUCGGAGAGAGAAGACCUGAUUUUUGGCACGCUCUAUUUAGUCUUUGGUAUCAUGUCCCUUGCUGGGAACUCACUUCGGAAGAGAUCCAUGCUGAAGCCUGCCGAGUUCUUCAUUGUCAACCUGGCCGUCAGUGACCUAAGCAUGACAGUGACACUCUUCCCCUUGGCCACCUCCUCCUUCUUUGCACACAGGUGGCUAUUCAACCAGGCGGUGUGCACCCUCUACGCCUUUUGUGGGGUCUUGUUUGGGCUGUGCAGCCUCACCAGCCUGACGGUGCUUAGCAUGGUUUGCUGCCUGAAGGUCUGUUACCCAGCAUAUGGCAACAAGUUCUCUCCUUGCCACGCUGGAGUGCUGCUGCUGUGUGUCUGGGUGUACGCCUUGAUGUUUGCCACUGCCCCCUUGGCCGAGUGGGGCAGCUAUGGCCCCGAGCCCUAUGGGACAGCCUGCUGCAUCAGCUGGAAAGCCUCAAGCAGGAAGACCACGCUCUACAUCCUCACUCUCUUCAUCUUCUGCUACCUUCUCCCCUGCCUCCUCAUCCUCAUCUCCUACUCACUGAUCCUCUGGACGGUGCUGGUGUCCCGGAGAGCCAUCAGGCAGCACACGUCCCCCCGGCGCAGAGCCCGCAGUGUGCACAGCCUAGUUGUGAAGCUGAGUGUUGCUGUGUGCCUGGGGUUUCUGGCUGCCUGGACCCCUUACGCCAUUGUUGCCCUGUGGGCAGUGCUCGGCGAUGCCAGCCAGGUGCCAGCACUGGCCUUCGUGCUGUCAGCAGUCUUUGCCAAGUCCUCAACACUCUACAACCCCCUGGUGUACCUGCUUUUCAAGCCCAACUUCCACAAGUUCCUCUCCAAAGACAUGGUGCUCCUCCAGGCCAUCCGCACUUUCCUGUGUUGUGGCUGCCCAAGCGAGGCACUCCAGCCUUUCCCAUCCUCUGGUUUUGGUGACCACCCUGGGGCUUGCAGGAACUGCAAAGACACCUUUGAGUGUUUCAGUAACUACCCCAAGUGUUACAACCCCUCCUUGGUGCCUGGCCGCUUGCCCCGCCAUGCCUCCCUGGCUAUCCUGGCCGAUGGAGCUGCCUGCCAGCCAGGGCUGAAGCGGUCGGUGCAAGUGAUGGUGCUUGUCACUCGCAAAAGGUCUGGCCUGGGUACUGUGAACAUGGUGGGGGAAGCACUGCCAUCAGAUAUCAUGAAAGACCUUCGCUGUGCCCAGCUGUGUCCCACCAGUGCUCUGGAAGAAAAACCCAAGCGCAACUUUUCCCUCACCUCUGUGGCAAGUGGGUCCCCAGCAUGUUCUGCAGAUGACGUGACAAAAAUUUAA